UGAUUUCAAAGCACCUGUCUCAGGGCGACUGCUGAGCUACCACGACUGAUUAUCAGGGGUUUUUUAGGCGGCCGUAUAAAUCAUCAGCUGCUUCUCUAUUAUAUCCAAGCCGCAGUUGCUAUUUCCACUGCGGAAACACCCCAGUUUUGAUUGAUAUUACGUCUUUUCCUAAUUCGUCAUGGUUCUCAUCAAGAACCUCAUCUUCGCUGCCCUAGCGGGCUCGGUGGCCGCCAAAUCCGCGGUUAUCGAUCUGAUCCCGUCCAACUUUGACAAGCUUGUCUUCUCCGGAAAGCCCACAUUGGUCGAGUUUUUUGCUCCCUGGUGCGGCCACUGCAAGAACCUUGCCCCCGUUUACGAGGAGCUGGCCCAGACCUUUGAGUUUGCCAAGGACAAGGUACAGAUCGCAAAGGUCGAUGCCGACUCUGAGCGAGACCUUGGAAAGCGAUUUGGCAUCCAGGGAUUCCCCACGCUCAAAUUCUUUGAUGGAAAAAGCAAGGAGCCGGUGGAGUACAACUCGGGCCGUGAUCUUGAGAGCCUGACCAGCUUUAUCAUUGAGAAGACUGGUGUUAAGCCCAAGAAGAAGAAGGCCGACCAGCCCAGUGACGUUGCCCACCUGGAUAACAAGAGCUUCUACGAGACUAUUGGAGGAGACAAGAAUGUGCUGGUAUCAUUCACUGCUCCUUGGUGUGGUCACUGCAAAAACCUAGCACCUACUUGGGAGCAGGUUGCCCACGACUUUGCCAAUGAUGCCAACGUUGUGAUCGCCAAGGUCGAUGCCGAGGGUGAGACCAGCAAGGAGGUUGCUGAGGAACAGGGCGUUAAAUCUUACCCCACCAUCAAGUUCUUCCCCGCUGGCAGCAAGGAGCCCGUCGCAUACGAGGGUGGCCGACAGGAGAUUGACAUUGUCAACUACAUCAACGACAAGGCCGGCACUUUCCGCACUGAGGGAGGCGAGCUUAACGACAAGGCCGGUACCGUGGCAUCUCUGGAUGCUAUUGUGACCAAAUUCCUCGGUGGCGUCUCACUCGCCGAGGCUGCUAAGGAGGUCAAGGCCGGUGUUGCCAAGCUCAACAACUCCGCAGAGGCCAAGGCUGCGGAAUACUACGUCCGCGUGUUCGACAAGCUGAGCAAGAGCGAGCAGUUUGCUGCCAAGGAGCUCACAAGACUCCGAGGCAUCUUGGCCAAGGGCGGUCUCGUUGCUGGUAAGCGAGAUGAGAUCCAGAUCAAGGUCAACAUCUUGAACAAGUUUGCCGCCAAACCAGAGGAGAAGGAUGAGCUGUAAGCUAUUUAAGCUGUGAAAGGAGUAAAAUAACGUAUUUUUUUGUCUACUAUCAAGCGAAGAAAGCAUCAUAGAUUGUAUGAACCCGAUUGUUACAGCUAUCAAGACAGUUAUAUAUAUCAAGACAAAAGUCAAAACAAAUUCUCCAGUA